GCAAGUAGUGCACAUCAACGUGUCAAAAAGUAAAAUUUACUCUAAUUUCACCUCCGUUGUUCUGUUUUUUUAGGAAACCAUAAACAUAUAAAAACGAUUGUGAAAAUAUAAUAGAAUAAAAAUUGCAAGGGCGCACGUGCUAGAACGGCAAAAAUAUGGUUUUGGCAGAUUUAGGACGGAAGAUUACCUCGGCGAUCCAAUCGCUGAGUAAGGCGACAGUUAUCAAUGAAGAGGCUCUCAAUUCAAUGUUGAAAGAAAUUUGUGCAGCCUUGCUUGAGGCUGAUGUGAAUAUUCGAUUAGUGAAACAAUUGCGAGAGAAUGUACGGGCUGUGAUUGAUUUUGAUGAGAUGGCAGGUGGAUUGAAUAAGCGACGCAUGAUACAAUCUGCUGUUUUUAAGGAAUUGAUCAAAUUGGUCGAUCCAGGUGUGAAGCCUUAUCAGCCUGUGAAGGGUCGACCCAAUAUUAUAAUGUUCGUCGGCCUGCAAGGUUCAGGCAAGACUACAACAUGUACCAAGCUAGCCUAUCACUACCAAAAACGCAACUGGAAAUCUUGUCUUGUGUGCGCUGAUACUUUCCGUGCUGGUGCUUAUGAUCAAAUCAAGCAGAAUGCGACAAAAGCGCGUAUACCAUUUUACGGCAGCUAUACAGAAAUCGAUCCAGUCGUCAUAGCACAAGAAGGUGUAGAAAUGUUUAAGCGUGAAGGUUUUGAAAUUAUCAUCGUUGAUACUUCCGGUCGUCACAAACAAGAGGAGUCUCUGUUCGAAGAAAUGUUGGCUGUGUCUCGAGCUGUUUCUCCAGACAAUAUAAUUUUCGUGAUGGAUGCCACUAUUGGGCAAGCUUGUGAGGUUCAAGCGAAAGCUUUCAAAGAGAAAGUAGAUAUCGGUUCGGUUAUCAUUACCAAGCUGGACGGUCACGCGAAGGGUGGUGGUGCACUUUCAGCUGUUGCAUCAACUAACUCGCCAAUUAUUUUCAUCGGUACAGGAGAACAUAUCGACGACUUGGAACCAUUUAAGACGAAACCAUUCAUAAGCAAACUUCUUGGUAUGGGUGAUAUCGAAGGACUUAUUGACAAGGUCAACGAACUUAAAUUGGACGGCAACGAGGAGCUACUGGAGAAGAUCAAACAUGGUCAAUUUACUAUACGUGAUAUGUACGAACAAUUUCAAAAUAUCAUGAAAAUGGGCCCUUUCUCCCAAAUAAUGGGCAUGAUUCCUGGUUUCUCACAAGACUUUAUGACCAAAGGCGGUGAACAAGAAUCCAUGGCACGAAUAAAACGUAUGAUGACCAUGAUGGAUAGUAUGUCUGAUGGAGAGCUAGAUAAUCGUGACGGUGUUAAAUUAUUCACCAAGCAGCCAACACGUUAUGUACGUGUAGCUCAGGGUGCUGGUGUGCUCGAAAAAGAAGUGCGCGAUUUAAUUUCUCAUUACACAAAAUUCGCAGCUGUGGUGAAAAAAAUGGGCGGCGUUAAGGGUCUCUUCAAGCAAGGUGACAUGGCAAAAAAUGUGAAUCCAACUCAAAUGGCGAAGUUAAAUCAGCAAAUGGCGAAAAUGAUCGAUCCGCGCAUGCUGCAGCAAAUGGGAGGAGUUGGUGGACUGCAGAAUAUGAUGAGACAACUACAACAGGGUGCAGCUGGUGGUCUCGGUGGUUUAGGAAAUUUAAUGGGUGGCUUUGGUGGGAAAUGAGAGCUGCAAGUGGUAGACGAAUGUUUAGAUUGUAGGGUAACUAUUUGUUAAGAAAGAGGGUAAGCAAAAAGGCAAAAGCCGAUGAUGAGGUCAAAAACACAUCUGCUUUACUUGUUGCGCCAAUAAAAAGUUUUUCUUUUGUUUUCCUAACGAAAAGAUUUUUGAUUGUACCAUAUAUUGUAUAAAUUUCAUGUUAUAUAAAUCGGAACAAAUUAAAAAAGAAACUUAGUUACAUAUACACAAAGCGGCGUAAAACUCGUCCAAGUUUAAGAUAUGUUCUUUUUGUAUUGAUGCCAAUAAAUCACUAAAAACCACAUAAAAAAAUUCUUUGAAAAACCGGGGAGAACUCCAAACAAAUGUAAUAACGGCCUGUUGUAUAUUUAGUCCUUAUCGACAAAGAAAAUUUUAUUUACCAUAUACCCCUAGAUUAAGUUGUAUUGGAGAGUCGUUGCUGGAAUCUAAAAGGUUGCAUGAUUAAUAAAAAAAUCCAAAUAAAUCUUUCGUUUCAUGUAUAUAUAUUUGCCUUUGUCCAAAAAUCCCCCAGAGUACUUCAUAAAACAUUAAAUAUAAGUUGCGUUCGACAGAAAAUUAUAUAUUAGUAUAAACAUAAUCAAAUCGCUGAGUGGACUUCGGCGAGCGAAGAUUCGAUGUCAUAAUUAAAACAGACUGGAGUACAUUCGAUUGCACUUUACCCCAGCAACGGCAAAGUUCGUCGUAAAUAGAUUUAAUUUAUGUUUAAUUUUACCGCUGGCAACAAAAUCAACUGGCAGUGAGAAAUGUAAAUAAAUAUUCGCAAACGCUGUCCCAUUUGCAGAAAUUUCUCGCAUAUUGUAAAUAUGUUAUUUAAAACUUCUAUAAUUUGAAUUAAUUUAAAAACAAUGAGGGUUUUGUUUUGGUUCUGUUUGACCGAGCAAAUUGUUGGGACAAAAAUAACUCGAUGACAUUGUUCCGCUCGACGAUUUCAUUAUGUUUAUACUAUUAACCAAGGCGCAUUUAUUAAAGGUGGUGGCACUAGACCAAGAACAAUAUUUGUACGUUUGCUUGUCACGGCAAAGUAUUGGAAAAGUUUAAAACAAAAAAAUAAUUCGCCUUGUUUUAUUCUGUGCUACAGCUACAUGGACACGGCGAAAGAAAAAAACAAAUAAGCUGAUUUGCCAACGCCACCUUUAAUAGAUUCGCCUUGCUGUUAGGAGCGUUACGGAAAUUAUCUUCCAAAGAGAAGAAAGAGGAAGCAAGUUAAUGAGCGGAAAAUUUGCUAUCACUUGCUAAAACCAGUAGAAGACAUGUCAGUUGAGUUUGGUUAAAAAGUUUUGAAUUAUUCAAAAAACUUAUAUAUAGAAAAUAAUACUUAUAUAUAUAGAAAUAUACUCGUACUUUAUAUACUCA